AUGUCUGAAAGAGUUAAAGUAGCAGUUCGACUUCGUCCUUUAAUUGAAGAAGAAUUAAUUUCUAAAGAUAAAUCAAUAUGUGUUGAAACUAUUGACCCUAAUAAAAAACUCAUCAUUAGUACUUAUUUCAAUCAUUCUUAGUUAAAAAGGAUUUCGAAAAAAGACAAUUUCAAUUUGAUUCUGUUUUUGAUUCUAAGGCAACUUAAAAUCAAGUUUACAAUGAUAUAGCAAAAGGAGUUGUUGGAGUAACACUUAUUAUUUAUCAAUUUAGAGUGUAAUCAAAGGCUUUAAUGGCACUAUAUUUUGUUAUGGCUAAACAGGAACAGGUAAAACAUACACUAUGAUGGGUAAACUUGAUUCAGAAGAGAAGGGAAUUACUCCUCGUACUUUUGAAUAAAUUUUUAAUGAAAUUCAAGCUGAUACAAAUAACAUAUACACUGUUUAAUUAGGUUAUCUGCAAAUCUAUAUGGAGAUGGUAUAAGUUUAAAAUAUAUUUAAGUUAUUGGAUCUAAUUAGACCAGAUAAUUAAGAAGUAAAAAUUAGAGAAUGUCCAGAUAAUGGUGUAUUUGUUUCUGGAUUGGAAUGGAUGGAAGUUGAAUCUCCUUAAGAAUGUUUAAGUAUUAUGAAUUUUGCUGAAAAAAAUAAAGUGGUUGCAUUCACAAAUUUAAAUGCUCAUUCUUCUAGGUCACAUUCAAUGUUAGUGAUAAAAGUUGAAAAGAGAUAAUCUAAAUAACAUUCAAGAUCAAUGACAAUAUCUAAAAAGCCUAGUUCUAAAUUAUAAAAUUAUUCUUAAGAUUUAAUAACAGAAAGCGAUGAAAGUAUAAUAUCAUCUGGUAAUUGUGUUGGAACACUUUAUCUUGUUGAUUUAGCAGGAAGUGAAAGAAUUAAAAAAUCAAGAGCUACAGGUGAUCGUUUAAGUGAAGCAAGAUCGAUAAACUAUUCACUUACAGCAUUAGGAAAAUGUAUACAUGCUUUAACUGGACCAAAAACAACCUUUGUUCCAUUUCGAGAUUCUAAAUUAACUAGAAUUCUAUAAGAUGCACUUGGAGGUAAUUGUAAAACUGCUUUAAUUGUGAAUAUUGGUCCUGCUGGUAAACAUGUUGAAGAAACUCUAUCUAGUCUUACUUUUGGUAUGAGAGCUAUGAAAGUCACUAAUACACCAUAAAUUAAUCAAAAUGUUGAUUAUGAAGUAAUUCUUUUAUUUAUUAAUAGCAAUUGACUUAACAACUUAAGAUUGAAAUUGAAAUGAAAGAGGAAAUCAUACAAAAAUUAGAAUAAUAAUAAGCUAAAUUGUUGUAGUAAGUUAAAAUUGAACCUUCUUGCAAUCUUACUAAUUCAGAUCAUUAAUAUAAAGCUAAAUUAGAAAAGGCUGAAGAGGAACAUAAAGCAUUUCUAGAAGAAAUAGAUAAUAUGAUGGUUGAAUAAGAAUAAGAAAAUGAAGAACUCAAAAAAUAAUUAGCUCAUGUUAUGUUAGAAUUAGAGGAUUCUAAAAAUAGAGAAUAAUCAUUAGAAUAAGAAAUAGAAGACUUUAAAAAUACUCAAUAACAAUUAGAAAAUGAAUUAGAAGAAGCUCUAAAUAAUGUAUAUUUAUAUUUCAUUAAUCUUUUAGAAAAAUGAAUUUACUGAUACUAUUAAUUAAUUACAAUAAAAAUUAGAGAUGAAAGAAAAAGAAAUUUAAGAACUUAAGUAAUCCACAGGAUUUUCUAUUAAAAAUAAUGAUAUUAUUAACAUAUCUAAAGAAAAAUAGAAUCAAAUGUGGAGAUCAGAAUUACAAUAGAUAACUUCAUAAUAUGCUAAUAAAUUAGAAGAAGUUAAAAGAUUAGAGCUUUAAUAAGAAGAAAAAGAAAAUAAUAAUAUACUAGAAUUUAAAUAACGUAAUGAAGAACUUAUAUUAUAACUCAAAUAAUAUAAAUACGAAAUUUCUCAAUUAAAAGAAUAACAAUAACAAUUAAUCUAAACCAAUUAACAACUUGAUCAAUGUUUGCAAAAAUAAAAGGAACGUUGUUAAGAGGAAUCUACUUUAUUAGAACAAAUUAAAGAUCUUGAAACAGUUAAUAAUGAGAUUACGAAAAGAUUAGAAUAAUAUGAAAUUAAAUUAAAGAAAUAAAAAGAUCAAUAAGAAUAAAAUGAAUUCUCUUAUUAAUAAGAAUUAGAAACUAAAAAUGAACAUCUAAAUAAAAUUUAAAUAGAAUAUUUUGAAAUAUAGAAGUAAAUUGCUCAAAUUAAAGAUUAAUAUUCAACAAUUUAAAAUAUUAAUUCAUAAAAGUUUAAAUAAUUGAAUCAUGAAAACUAGAUUUUAAUAAAUAAAAAUGCAGAUUAUUAAUUGUAAGUUUAAUAAUUAGUUGAAAAAAAUAAUGAUCUUUAAAUAUAAUUACAAUAAAGUAAAAUAUAUUAAUAUAACAAUAAUACUUAAUACUUAAAUAGUUCUAAACUUGAAUAUUAGACUAAUUAAUCAUAUGUUAAUGAACAAAAUUUUGAAAUUGAAUUAAAAAAAUCAAUUACAGUUUCAGGAGUUAAUGAAGGUCAAAUUGUUUAUGAAAUGUAAGUGCGAAUCCAAUAAUUAGAAGUUUUGAUUGAAUAAUAAUAAACAUAGAUAGAACAAAAAGAAAAUAUAAUAGAUGAACUUUAGAUGAAAUGUUCGUAAACAUAAAAAGAAGCAGAUCAAUUAAAGUGUUAGAUGGAAUCUUUCUCUAAAAGAUCUUAAUAAUCAUUAUAAAGAAUGGAAGAAACCAUGUGUUAAGAAGUAGUGAGAAAUAUUUUAGAAAAGAUGGUUAUUUAGGUUGAAUUGAAUUCUUUUGAAUCUGAUGAUAUUAGUAGUCGUGCUCCAGAUAGUGAUUUAAAACUUUAAAUGAAAUCAUUUUCUAAAUAAGACAAUGCUUAAUUAGUUGAAAGUUUAUUUAUAAAUUCUAGACAAAGUUAACAUAAUGCUAUAGUUGAAUGUGAUGAGGAAGAAGAUAAUUCAUCAGAAAUAGAUUAUUAAUUACCAAAAUUUAGUUAAUCUGGUAAGAAGAUUUAAUAAAAAUUGAGAAUGUCAAAAAGUCGACAAGAUUCUGUUUUUUCUUUUAGUGAAAAAUAAUAAAAAAAAGAUGCUGUAUCUCUUUAUGAUGAUUUAAGUGAAAUUAAUCAAUAAUUUGAUGUAUAAAGUCCAAGAUCAUAAUUGGAUGAAAUUUAAUUUUAAAUAGAUUUUAAUGAUGCAAAUGCAGUAGAUAAAUUUAUGUCUUAAAUUAAAAAGAAAUAAGUCUCAUUAAUAUAACAUAAUGAUUUAUCAUUAGGUUCAAUAUAAUAAGCUCAUAGUCCUUAGAAUAUAGAAAGUUAGAGCGAAAAGAAAGCGAAAUUAAAUUCAAGGUAAAUAAUAUUAUUAAUAAUUUUAGAAUUGGAAAUGAUGAAUUACAAGAAGUGAUUAAAGUAAUGGCUUAAAUGUUAGUUGAAAAAAGUAAGAAUGAAUAUACAGUAACUAGCAAUACAAUGGAAACUUUGAGAUCAUCAUUAUUAGACUUUAAUAAUUUGUGCAACACUUUAACAACAUAUUUUUUGUGA